UUUCAUUUAUCUACAUGAAGAUAUAGCUGAUCAUCGAACAGAACGGAGUGAACAAUGCGCUCAUAAUUUAUCAAUUUAUUAGCAAAAAUUAAUCGUAGUGUUUAGUUUAAUUAGUAUUUCAAAAAUAUUCCUGGCCUUAUGUGCGUUUUUCGAAAACUAAUAUCAUAAUGUGGGUGAAAGUGUUUGUUCUGUGCGCUUUUUCAGUGGGAUCGCUGUAUUCAGAUAAUGAUAGUAAAUGUGAUAUAACCGGUAUACCUUCAGUUGAUUGGGUUCUCGGUUAUGAGUCUAAUAUGAACGAUAACGAAAUAAAUAAGAGAAUAUUUAAUGGCACAUAUACAGGAAAAUUGGAUAACUUAAAGUGUUCUUGCACUAUAGACAAUCCAAACAGUGUAUGCAAAGAAACUUAUUUCCAAGCAACGUUGGAUACUAAAACUACACAAUUUCUAGUGGAAACAACGGAUGCAUUGAAAAACUUCGACGAAGACAUCAAUACGAUUUUGAGUAAACCACAACCAUCGUUGUUAUUGUUUUAUAAAUGCAACAUGACAUGCCAAAAUCCUACUACACCUAGCCUCUUGCCAUUCGCUAUAACUGUGAAAGAUUACAACGAUUUCCGGCCGGAUUUCUCCACGGGCGAUACCGUCUACAAAGUGAGCUCGCCUAUCAUGAAAGAAGCGGACUUUUCCGUUUACGGUGCAGAGAUAUACGCGACUGACAAAGAUUUCGGUAACGAGGAUAUCACGUUUAAAAUAGAUCCCGACGAUUUCGACAUCGUCAAAACCAUUACUGAUGACAAACCGAGAAAAUUCAAAGUGAAUUUCAAGGCUAAUAAAGUGUUGCAACUCACGCAAGAUAAGAAGUACACGAUUACCGCAACUGAUUCCGGAAAGAUUCCAGGUCCUCUUUCUUCCACGUUACAAGUGACAUUAAAAGUGGAUCCGGAUAAUGUUGUUGAUUACCCGAAUUUCGAAUAUACCAGUAAAUCAUACGAGUACGCCUUUCGAUACGAGAAAAACCACACGUUAACUACGAUCAAUGGUCCAAUCAAAGUUACUACCAACAAACCAAGCGAUCUGGAAAAGUCUAUAUCAUUGAGCGGAGAUUUAUCUGGCAAUUUUGGUGCAACAUUCGAUACCUCAUCGUCCACUAUAAAAGUUAGUAUUAAAACGAACAUAGAUAAUCCUACUUCUGCGUUCGUGGUUCUCUCUUUAAACGUCCAAACUGAUGCAAAAGUAAGCGCGCCUGUAGUGAUUUACUUUGCCAAUGCACCAAAGGACGAUACUCCGAAAUUCAACCAGCAUUUGUAUACUGGAAAAUACGACGAUUCUACUAAUAAAAUCAGCUUGGAUCAGGAUAUCACAGUUUCGUCUACCAGCGCUUUAUCGACGAGUUCAUUUAAAAUAACAGGAGAUUUCUCUGGCAACUUCGAGAUAAAACUCGACGAUGAUAAGAAAUCCUAUUUGUUGGAUGUGAAUAAGGCUUUAACACCGACUGAAAUCAAAUCUAAAGAGUAUCUAUCAUUGACAAUAGAGGUUACUGUGGAUUCAAAAUCCGACACGACCGGUGUAAUUGUAUAUUUACCCGAGCAUACAUUGGAGUUUAAGGAAGUUUUAUACACAGCAACUUACUUCGAAAACAAUACCAUUGCAGCUAGUACUAUAAGCUUUGCAUCCGACGUUACCAAUUCAAAAGUUAGCGUUAAAGUCGAAGACACGUAUUCUAAGAAUUUCGAAGUAAAGCCCACCAGCAAAGGCGAUUACGCCCUUGGACUAAUUAGCAAUCUACCGGACGCCGUACUCCAAACGCAAACUGAAAUUUCCAUUGUCCUAACAGCUAGCGAUAAAUACGACAAUCAAGCUAGAUCCGUCGUCAAGAUGGCUUUACCGCAACAAAAGGCCGUCGAAGCUCCGAAAUUUUCGCAACUCGCCUACAAAAUCAAGUACAACGAGGGCCAAAAAUCGGGUGUUCUCGAUUUCGAUACUCCACCGUCUUUUGUAAACUACGCCGAUCCUUCCGCAAUAAAAAUCGAUUUGAAAACAUACGCGAAAUACUUCACUGUCGCCUUCGAUUCUACAACAAAGAAAUUCGGCGUGAAAGUCCUGCAGGCUCUAGACUCUAGCUUCCUGAAAAAUAACGAACUAGUGGAGACCAUGGUGGCGGUGAAAACAAAUGUUGCUGCUAAAGGGAACGCUGUAUUGGUAGUGGAGUUGGUGAAGCUGAAGCCUGGUUCACCGCCUACUUUCGAAAAACCCUCUUACACGGCCGUGUACAAAAAAGGACUAAAAGUAAACGAUUACAUUGAUUUCGAUCAAGUCGUCUCACUUAAAAACGUCGUUAACCUGAAGAAUGUCGCUAUAAAGUUAGACUCGAACGAGGCUAACUUCAAAGUUUUGCUGGAAUCGAAUAAAUGGAGGAUACAACUACUCAAGCCAAUAGACGAUGACACGUUCAGUAAAAUCAACGAUAUUGUAAUCACUAUGGAAGUAUCGGAAUCCGGAAUCUCCGGGCAAAGUAUUGGAGUAUUAGUGAUAAACCUUUCGGAUCCUUCAAAAGAUGAUAAGGCUCCGAACUUCGAGAAACCAUUUUACACUGUUCAAUACAACACUACUGCGAAGUACAUGGACUUUGAACCUGCCAUCAAAUUCACUAAUGUAGAUGUCGGUAGUGUUCAAAUGACUUUAUCUGAUUAUUCGAAAUAUUUCGAGCUGGAUCUGGAUGCAACUAAAAAAGUUUGGAGAAUCAAAGUUAUAGCACCUCUAGAUGAUGCCAUUUUGAAACAUAAUGCAGAACUUCACACAACAAUGGAAGCUACAGAAAUGGGUGUCACAGGCGUGGGGGUCUUAAUAAUCCAAAUUCCCAUCAACAAUUCUCAAGAUAAAGCACCAGAAUUUAGUGAUCUAUAUUACAAAGUCGUUUACAAGCAAGGUCAAACGGGAUUCUUAGAUUUUACAAACGACAUCGCCUUUAACAACGUCCCAGAUAUUAGCAUUGUCGAUAUAAAUCUCUACACGUACAUGGACAACUUCAAAUUGGUUUAUAACAACAAAAAAUGGCGAAUCCUAAUCGAUCGAGCGUUAGACGACAAAGUUUUUGCAACAAGUACGACUUUAGUGGAUACUAUGGAGGCUUCUCUACCCGAUGUUAUACCAGCGGGAGAUGUUGUUUUGAUGAUAGAUUUAGUCGCGAAUGUGCCACAAUUCGGCAAUGAUUAUUACACAGCCGCAUAUCCGGUAGGGGGCAGUGGAAUUUUCUAUUUCGACAAUGACUUGGAUUUUAAGAACGUUGAUCCGAAAGACGUACAAUUGUAUUUAGAUAAUUAUUACGGUAAUUUCAACAUUACAUACAAUUCCGUUGCAAAAAAAUGGCAGAUCGAUAUCAAAACUCCAUUAGACGAUUCGGUUAUUAGCAAAAACGAAUACCUUGUUACUAAACUCACCGCUAAAAUUGUCAGUAUAGGUAGCGAAUUAACCGCUACUGUGGUGUUAAAGCUACCGAAGAAACAAGCACCGGUAUUUAGCAAAACUUCCUUCAAAGCAGAAUAUACCAUACAAAAAAACCAUCCUGUUGUGACAUUCACCGAUUCCAUUGGUUUUAAAAACAAACCAAACAUGGCAAACAUAAAUAUAGUUUCAGACGACUUUUCCGGCUACUUCACUUUUAAAUACUCCACCAACAGCUGGCAGAUGAUAGUCGACAAACCUUUAGAUAGUACAAAUUUGUACAAAACGAAUUUAGUCGUUACCAUAACAGCUAUAGACAUCACCGAUAUGUUGCAGGCCCAUUCCACAAUCGAUCUGAAAUUACCGCCUGCAGAUACAAAAGAUGCUCCGAAAUUCGAGAAAUCAUACUACAAAGGCCGUUACGAAGUGGUUAAAGAUGUCGGUAAAGUUAUUUUAGACGAAGACAUCCACUUUUCGAAUAAAGUGGGCCAUACCGAUAUCGGAAUAAUUCCGGAUUCCGGUUAUAACCAAUUCUUUGAGUUUUCAUUGGACUUGCAGUCGAAGUGGACCGUUUUAGUUAAAAAACCCUUAAAUGCGUCCAUUCUUAGUAGCGGGAAUGACAUCAUAAUGCAAUUGGUGGCAAACGAGUUGGGGAUAAAAGACGUUGGAAAAUCCACAUUACUAUUAACUCUACCGAAAAUCAACGACGAUCAGGCUCCCAAAUUCGAUCAUAUUUCCUAUAGAUCCCUCUGCUCUGCGAAUACCACCAAACUGGAUAUCGAAAUUAAAGUAACCAAUAGGAAGAAAGAAGAUUUGAAAAAUAUUGUAGUUGCCAUACAAGAAGAUGAAUACAGCGAUAAUUUCGAUGUGAAGUUCGAUGCCGCUACCAGUUCGUGGUACGUUGAAGUCAAGUCUACACCGAAGACAAUGGGAGAUAAGAAUAAUCUAGUGUUGACAUUGUCAGCAACAGAAAGCAAUAACAAGACAGAGGUCGGAUUGGCCGGUUUGGUGAUCGAAUUUCCGGUGUUCAUAGCACCGGAAUUUUCCGCCAAUCCAUACGUCGGUACUUACAACGUCGCCGACGGUACCCUUAAAAUAAUCGAUUUUAACGUAGUCAAUAAAGACCAGAGCAAAUUAAAAUUAAGUUUCUCUUCGAAAGAUGGAGAUUUUUCCAAAUAUUUAUCUGUAAAUUACGACAAAGCUGAUAAAAAUUGGAAGAUGCUACUGACCAAUCCUAUCGAUAAACUCACAGUUACCAACAACGAUGAAAUCGUAUUAACAAUUACGGCUAAAGAAAACGACAACCCAAAACAAGGCGAAACCACCGCCAUAAUCAAAAUAAUCGACGAGAGCAAAAAUAAAAACGACAUACAAUUCUCGCGGGCGCAUUACUCGGCUUCCUAUCGCAUCGUCGACAACACGCCCGUCGUUAAAUUGAAUGAAUACAUACGAGUCACCUCAACAAAAGACGUUACAAAGGCCACAGUGAGGAUCCAAAGUGCGAGCGACUUCGAGCCGGUGAAAUACUUCAAAAUCGCGAAGAAAACUGACCACUUCGAAAUCGUCGCUCGGGAGCCUCUUACCAUCGACAUUUUGCGGAAAUUCACUAAUCUUAUCGUAACGUUAAUGGUCGAAUUGGAGAACACCAAAAAUUACGCCACUCUGAUAAUCGAUCUUUCGGCCGUUGAAUCGGGAGAUGACAUCAAGUUCAACAGCGUCGUGUACAUGGGAACUUACGAAAACCGAAACAACGUGAAUAAAAUCACCUGCGAUCCGAUAAAUGUAAUUACCACUAGCCCGGAAAAUAUUUUUGUGUCGAUAACUAACGCUUACAAGGAGUAUUUCAGUUUAACUUACAAUGCCAAAGACUCGUCAGUUGCAUUAAACUUGGCGAAAUCGAUACCAGCCAGCGUAAUUGAAGAUUUCUCUACAGUUGCAGUGGUAGUGCAAGCUAUGAAUGGACUUUCACAUAAAAUAGCCAACGCUGUAAUAAACUUGAGGAUAAUAAGCGACGAUACACCCGUCAAGAACGGUGUGGUUUUAUUCAAUAAAAUUUCAAACACAGCCAAAUACCUCCAGGGCUCGUUUACACUGGAUAACUCAAUCGGUUUAACGACCGAUAGAAAAGAAGAUGAAAUUAAAGCCAGUAUAGAAGAUUCGGCGUUCAGUAAAUACUUCACAGCGUAUUAUAAAAACCAGGAAGUUACAGUAAAGUUAACGCGCGAGAUACCUCAGGAAAAUAUUACUUCGAAACCCUUCAUCACUCUUACUCUAGUGGCCUCGAUUGUGAACACAAACGAAACUUCCAAAGCCUCGCUAACCGUCCAAUUGGACAACGACCAUCACGAAACGCUCAAAGCCACCAAGUAUAUUGUUUCAAUUUCCCUGCUAGCAGUACUUAUAGUACUACUAAUUCUAGCAGCUGUUGCUUUCUACUAUUUAAGAUUAAGGAAGAAGAAUGAAGCUAAAAUGACGGAAGACGAGUACAUAGAGAAGAGAGAAGUUAGAUUCGAGAGUACAUCUAGACCUUCUGAUAAGUCAAGCAGAUCUUCGGCCAUCGAAGGGAGGAGGCCCACGGGCUUUAUUUUCAAAAGGCAGGAUGAGGAUGAAGACGAAGACGAAUCGAGCACGGACGGCUCGGCUAAAGAGCGCAAAAAAUCAGUUGUGUUCGAUGAAGUGGUGGAGAAAUUGAAGAUGGAAGAUGAAGUCGAAAAACCUGACAUAGAUGAUUGAUUGAGUUGUUGUUUAUUUGAAGAAUUGCUAUUUAUUUAAUAUAUAAUUGUUGGAGUGUGAAAAGUUUAUUAUGUAUAUCAAUUUUGUUUUUAUU